UUUCCCAUAAAAUUCGUGCCUUUUUUAAUUCGUUUUCCUGCAUUUCCACGAUGCCUUGUUGCUAAAAUCGCCGUUUCUAAAUUCCCAAAAAACCGCCAUGCUGUCGCGCAAGAGCAAAGACAAGGGCCUGAAGGAUGGCGUCGUGGGAAAAUACGUGAAAAAAGACACUCCCUCGGAGAUUCAUGUCGUCACAACUUGGACCGAGAACGCAAUGAAAGCCAAAAACCGCAAAAGUGGCUCCAACACCUUCGGCUCACAAUCCGCCGUUGGCUUACCUGCGAUGCCCCAACCGACAUCCUUCAGCAGCAUGCGAAGCGUAAUCCCGGCAAUGACGCCGAUGCGAAGUCACCAACUCGGCAAGGAAGGUCGCUACUCGCAGAACAGUAUUAAUCGUGUAGAGCCGGCAGCAUCUCCGUCGCCAUCGAUGGCACUUGUUAGUCACAUGCCUGAUGCCGCUGCAAGACGCAUCAGUGAUGCAGAAAAUGCCAAUGUUCGUCCGUUGUACCGCGGAAACUGGGGAAAUUAUCAAUCGACGCCCGUUUUUCCGCAACAAGACAACAAUUACGUCGACAUUGAGGUGAUUGAUCAGAUUCUGCAACAAAAUCGGGCCGCUUCGCAAUCGAAUAUUCGGAGUAAUUUGAUGCCGGGCCCCUCGACGACGAGUAUUCGACGCCUAAAUGACCAUUUUCCGUCGACAACAACAGAUUUGGGGGCAAGUCGAGGUGCAAUAAUGAAAGAAACGUACGAAGACACGUAUCCCAUUUACGAAAAUCAAACGGAACUCGCCUCAGCGUUGCAUGGAAGAACGCCCUCGUAUCGCGAUCCGUAUUCGCAGCACUUUUAUAGCAACGUGAUGCGUCCCGCGGGCAGUGAUUCAUCAUCCACGACAGAUGUGCAGCCAUUUUAUUCGAAUGUCUCGUCAAUGGAGCACAUAAAUCGUCAAUUGCAGCCCGCAGCGACGCGAAUUCGCACCGAAACCAUCGACACGGAAGAUCUCCCUUUGCCGCCCGGUUGGACUGUCGAUCAGACAAUUCGCGGAAGGAAAUAUUACAUCGAUCACAACACAAAAACCACGCAUUGGAGUCAUCCGUUGGAGCGAGAAGGCCUUCCUACGGGCUGGCAACGUGCCUAUUCCGAUCAAUAUGGCGUUUUUUACUACAAUCAUUACACGAAGCAAUACACGUAUCAGCAUCCUUACUUCGCCCCGUCGUACUACCAAAAUAUCCAGAGUUUCCUGCCGCCGCAAUUGACGCAUUACACGCCAUUGACGCAUCACAACGCCUUGGUACCGGCAAGUCGACACCUGCUGGGACUCAUUCCCGAUUGGCUGCAACUUUACGCGAAAUCUUCGUUCGAGAACGAUCACAAGGUCAUCUGGGAGAUGUUUCAGUUGCAGCAACUCGAGUGCAUUCUGAAGAUGAUGGUGCAACUUUUCAAGCUAGACUGCCAGAAUAUCGUGAUGAAGUACGAGUCGUAUCGCGGCGCUAUUAUUGAGGAGAUGGAAAGACGGGCACGCGAAAAACGCGAAAGUGAUAUUUGAUAAAAGUUUAAAUUAAUUUAUUGUUGACUCAUGACGAAAAAAAAAAUUUUUUUUUAAGAUUUAAGACAGACAAU